AUGGCCGCCACUGCUGACGACGACACCAAGCUCACCAUCAUCAUCGGCCCGCCCACCGCCGCGCCGGGAUCCAAGGAAACCUGCGCCGCCUGUGGCGCGCUGCCCACCGACGGCGACGCCGCCAUUGCCACAACCAUGCCAUCGCCGCCGCCGCCGCCGUCGGCGCAGCGUCACGUCCAGUGGCUGCGCGCCGCGGUUCUGGGCGCGAGCGACGGGCUGGUCUCCACGGCCGCGCUCAUGCUCGGCGUCGGCGCCGCGCACGGCGGCGACGGCGACCUGCGCGCCGUCCUCCUCGCGGGCCUGGCGGGCCUCGUCGCGGGCGCCUGCAGCAUGGCCAUCGGCGAGUACGUGUCCGUGCACGCGCAGCUGGACGUCGAGCUGGCCGAGCUCAAGCGCGGCGGCGGAGGUCCGCCGGAGCCGGAACGAGCUGCAGGGCUGCCGAGCCCCGGCCAGGCCGCGGCGGCCUCCGCGCUGGCGUUCGCGUCCGGUGGGAGCGUCCCGCUGCUCGCGGCGUGGUUCGUCACCGGCUACGAGGCGCGGGUGGCGGUGGUCGUGGCGACGGCGACCGUCGCGCUGGCGGUGUUCGGCUCGCUAGGAGCCGUGCUGGGCCGCGCACCUGGUGGACGGGCCGGGCUGAGAGCCGUGGUGGGUGGGCUGGUGGCCAUGGGGAUCACGUAUGGGCUCAUGAAGCUGUCCAGAAUCCAUGGAGUUUGAUGGGCUCUAGAAUUGUAUACAAUGUGUGUUGUUGUUGCUGUCCAUGAUCCUGAGUUGUUGUUGACUU